UGGAAUUUGCCUCAACAGUAGGCUUAAACCAAAACCAUCUUCAACCUUCAUUCUGCCCUUCCCACCAUAGCUGCAUAUAUAAGCUUUCAGUAUCAGUAGCUUUGAAUAUGCAAACCACCUCCAUUGCCUCAUGGCAAACUUGCUCCUAUUACCCUGUCCCUAAGAAUCUCUUACCCAACAAUCUCCAUUUUCAUCUUCCCACCAAGCUCCGCAAACCCCACUGCGCAAACCACAACCUCCUCACACUCACGGCCGCGCAUAGUUGCAGCAAGGACCAAGAAAAGAAGCAGAUCCAUAACCGCGAAUUCUCGCAAGAAUUCUGCUCCUCGAGCGGCAACCAAUCCGGUGAAGGCGAAAAAGUUCGACGAUUUGAGGUGGACACCUCGCCGGGAAUUUGGUCGAGCAUGUGGUGGUCUGAUCUGAAAGGCGCGGUGGGGCAGAGGAUUAAUUUAGAAGGAAUCGCCUGUUCGUUUGGGGUACUGUCUAGGGACAAGCAUUUGGUGAUCCCUCACGUUUCUGUGCCGGAUAUUAGGAGUGUUGAUUGGGCCGACCUGAAGAAUAGGGGAUUCGUGGGAGUUGUCUUUGACAAGGACAACACAAUUACGGCGCCUUACUCGUUGAGCCUGUGGCCGCCCCUUGGGCCAUCCGUGGAGCAGUGUAAGUCAUUGUUCGGCAAUAAUGUGGCGGUGUUCAGUAACUCUGCCGGGUUGCAUGAGUAUGACCCGGAUGGUAGAAAAGCCAGAGCUCUUGAGGAUGCAAUUGGAAUCAAAGUGAUUCGGCAUAGGGUGAAGAAACCAGCUGGAACAGCUGAAGAAAUCGAAAAACAAUUCGGGUGCAAAUCCUCGAGGCUUGUAAUGGUGGGUGAUCGUCCCUUCACGGAUAUUGUUUAUGGGAACAGAAAUGGAUUUUUCACUAUACUCACUGAACCACUGAGUCUUGCAGAGGAGCCUUUGAUUGUCAGGCAGGUGAGGUUGCUUGAAGUGGCCAUUCUUAGACAAAUGUCCAAAAAGGGCUUCAAGCCAAUCACUCACGAGCUUCUUUCAGAUCCAAGGACUUGUGUUAAGGAUGUCCCACGCUGAUAAAUGCCGUUUAUAUUGAGACUAUGAUAUCACUCGUUCUUUGUUUAUUCUAUUUGGGUUUUUCCAAAUCAUUGGAUAAAUUGGCAAUGAGAGCUUAGUCUACAGCAUGUCGUAUGGGCUAUAGUUGGAUCAAUAGGCUCUGUAAUGUGCUCGUUUUAUGCUCAUGGUACAGGCACAAUACGAGAAAUCUGCUAAUAUACUUGGAAAACUUACAGCUUCAUGCAUGUGUGGAAUCUAAAAUAUAUGCUGUGUUCCUUUACUUUUGUUCCUCUCAGCAAUUAGUCUCUCCAUGUCAAGUUCAUUGCCCUGG